AUGGCUGAGGUUCUGCCCUCAAUCCCGAGUAACUGGGAUGCCAAAGAGGCCGAUGUCAACUUGGAUGCGUACAACCUGAAUGGAAAUAUCAAUGACGUGGUUGACAUGUUUAUGGAGAUAAGAAACACUAGACGCAAAAUCAAGUCCAGGGCAAUUCACGCAGAAAUCGUUCAUCAUCGGACCCUCGCGGACCGAUUCCCAGAGAGCGAUAUUGGUAAAGAGCUCAUAUCUCAUUACGCUGAUUAUAUUCAGCCAAUGUAUCGUGUCCUGCAUAUGCCAUCGUUUUCUCAAGACUACCGACUAUUUAAAAACGAGCCGGAAUCCGCGUCUACGGCAUUCAUAAUGCAACUGGCUCUCGUCCUCGCUAUUGGGUCAACGUUUUAUUCACGAGACGACAAAUUCCACAUCCGGGAGCGAGCCCAAGUAUGGAUACUCUCCGCCCAGUCUUGGAUCAUGGGUCCGGGGUCCAAGUCUACCAAUACACUUCCUGGUUUGCAGAUCUACAUCCUCCUGUUGCUUUCAAGGCAAACCACCUGCAAUUCGGGUGGCUUGACUUGGGUCUCUACUGGAUCUUUGCUUACCAUGGCAUUAAGCAUGGGCCUUCAUCACGAACCUGCGCGCUUCGCCUCUCUUACUCCUUUCCAGCGAGAGAUGAGAAAGCGCCUUUGGAUCGCCACCUUAGAACUCUGUGUUCAGCAUCACGUCGACUCAUCAAUACCAAUCACACUCUGUGAAUCAGACACUGUGAUUCCAGAGAUUUUGAAUGUGGACGAGGAAUCAAUUCAUUUUGUUUCUGAGUACGAGCCAACACCAAAAGUCUCGUUUACAGAUGCUUCGAUUCAGAUACAGCUCGCCAGUUCUUUGGCCCUUCGAUUGAAGGUCGCGCGUAUCUUAAAUGGAGUGGAACAACGCUAUUCAUUUGAUCAGAUUUUGGAGUUAGGUGCAAAAUUGAGGAGUAGCUGUCGCCAGCUAUCUGACUUUUUCAGCCCGGACUCAAGAAUCAUGCCUGGUGCAUCCGAGAAAAGCACCGCCCAUUUUCACCAAAAGUUUUUGAACACCCUGUUGCGGAGAUAUAUCAUACUACUACACCAGAACUACAUGAUAGAAUCACUUGAGAACCCGGCUUUCUAUAUUGCCCGCAAGAUCUGUGUGGAUGCAGCGCAGGCAAUCGUUGCAGAUCUCAAGCCUGCCAAUCACACAGUAGAACUUCUCCAACUUGCUGCUGCUGGACGUUGCACGUUCAAAGGACCAUUCUCCCUCCACGUAAUACUCGUCCUAUGUCUCGACCUUUUCAUGCUUUUCCGGGAUGACAACGGUGGAGAUGCCACUUCUUCGCGUGUGGACCAGCUGGACAAGAUACGGGGAGAUGCCCGCGAUUCCAACCGAAAGUUAUUGCGCAGUUUGGCAGAUGGUUCAAAAGAGCUAAUGAGAGCUGGAAGCGUGAGCUCGAAGAAUUUCAACUUCAUCACAGCCGUCCUCGCCGAGACGGAAGCAAUGGAGCAGAGUCAGUGCACAAAGACGGCUGUUUUCAACGCCCUCCGUGGAAGUCUGAGGGAGACACUUGAUAUCUUCCAAGAGCUACAUACUUCUCAAGACAUGACUUGCGAGAGCUACGACACGGCUACAGAGUUGGAAACCGCGAGUUUCGACCUUGAAUCAUUCGACUUGUUGAAUUGGGACAUUUCAGAUCUGCUUUAUAUGCCUGAAGUUGAAAGUUAA